GUAGCAAAAUCCGUAGAAAACCGUCUGUUUUAACUUUUUGUUUGUUUAGUUGAAAUCCGUUGAAUGGUAGCAGCAACUACCAAGAAAAGAAAACAGUUGUAGCAUUUACGAAAACAAUGGAGGAAGUUGUGGAAAUAGAAAGCUUAGAGAAGAGUUUAUUGGAAGACAAUGACGGAAACGAAGAAGAAUCAGUGUUAUAUGAAGCAUCGUUUAAAGAAAUGGAGGAGAAUUUCGUCAAGUACCAAACGGUACAGUGGGUACUUUACUCAUUGUUACUGAUAUUAGCUUGGGGAAUUGGGUUACUCAUGUUGCUUUAUAUACCGAUCAGAAGGUUUAUACUUAGAAAGGAUAUUCGUUCUAGAAGCCUUUACCUUACUCCAAAUGCCAUUGUUUAUAAGGUCACAAGGCCGGUACCGUUUCCAUGUUUUGGGGUGCUGCAUAAAGAGAAGCAUGUUCUACUGCAUUCCGUGGCUGAUAUCGUGGUUGAACAAGGGUACUUGCAAUCUCUGUUUGGUGUAUACUCUGUUAGAAUUGAAAAUGUUGGAGUUAGAAGGCCACCCAGCGACGAUGUUAAAAUCCUCGGCAUUGCAAAUCCUAACGAUUUCAGGAAGGUAUUUUACUGUCUCAUCAAAUUGUGUGUUUGUGCGCACGUUUCUUUUAUUUCUUCUUUCACUUUGAAAUGUUUUCAGGCUGUCAUGAUGCGUCUAUCAAACAUAAGAAAUGAGAUAGUUUCAAGACAAUCGUCUACAUUAGAAGAUUCUUCGCAUUGGAUGUCUUUGAGAUACGAUUCGACUCAUUCUAGGGAGCUGCUGCUACUGCAAAAACUAGAGGAAGUUGGAAGCUCUGUCAAGCGAAUGCAGACAUUAUUUGAGGAGCAACAAUCUCAAACAAGUUGAUAUCCCAUGCAACAUAGCUAGCUAGUCAUUGUUAGUUUGUGUCUUUUAGGGUUCAAUCAAGUUUUGUUUUUUUAAUGAAAAUAUUGUAAUGCUGCUUGAACAUGCCUAUAAUGCCAUGAAUGUAAUCUUAAUUUGGUGUUAGUGCUGGCAGUUUCUUUAAUAUAGUUAUUCGUCUCCUGACUCUUGGCCUAAAUAAAGUUCUAGGAUCAAUUAAUUUCAGUUUUUUUAAA